GUGCCAAUCUUGAAGAAGUACGGCUACGAGGAGUCGCUUCGGGGUGUCAUGGAGAUGCGCGCACAGACGAGGCUGCUUGCAUUCGACAUAGUUGUUCUCAAGCUGCUCAGAGACAUCCAUGGGAUGCUGGAGGCACAAAAGCCGCUCCCCCAGCCUGUGCAGUGGCGCUUCGAGCCAGGUUGGCGACCCAUGCCUUGUCAUCCACACAGCCUGGCUGUUGAGGUGGUGCAGACCUGUCGAGAUACGGGCGACCGGAUGCAAGUCAAGGAGCCGUUGCCUCUCACGCCUGACUUUGACUUCCAGGGUACCACCAUCCGGGUCGACAUUCAACAAUCGGAUCAGGUCAUUCUGGGCUUCGGUGGCGCUUUCACCGAAGCAAGCGCCCUGGUCUUCCAAGGCCUGCACCCGGACCUGCAGAAGGAGGUCCUCGAGUUGUACUUUGGAGAUCUAGGCAUCGGCUAUUCCCUCGGUCGUGUGCACAUCAACAGCUGCGAUUUCUCCAUGGGCAACUACAGCUUCGAUGAUAUUCCGGAGGAUCAUGACCUGGUACACUUUGAUUACAGCCUCGCCCGCGAUGCCAAAGCCGUGAUCCCCAUGAUACGGGGCGCUCAAAAGCUUGUGCGAAGCUCUGGCGGAAAGUUGCGGCUAAUGGCUUCACCAUGGAGCCCUCCUGCAUGGAUGAAGAUGAACGGGGCGAUGAAUGGAUCGCAUUCACCAGGUCUCAGGGAAGAUUGCCGAGAUGCAUGGGCCAGAUACUUUGCGAGUUGGAUUGAUGCUUACAAGCAGCAUGGCAUUCAAAUUUGGGCCGUAAGCGUGCAGAACGAGCCAGAGCACAACGCGCCCUGGGAGGCCUGCUGCUACACAGCCGGGGAGGAGGCGGCGUUUAUCGCCGGCCAUCUCGGUCCAACCCUGCAGGCUUUGCAUCCAGAAGUCGGGAUUUUUGCUUUUGACCACAACAAGGACCAUGUGCACGACUGGGCCUGCCAGCUCUUCAGAGACCAGGCCGCCGUCCCCUUCGUGCGGGGCAUCGCGUUCCACUGGUAUGCCGGGGACCACUUCGAGAAAGUGCGGCACACGCACGAGGACUUCCCCUCAGCUGUGCUCCUUCCCUCAGAAGCCUGCUACGAGCGGCACCGGUGGAAGUCAGGGAGCAGCCUACUGCAGGGCGACUGGAGUUUCGGAGAGGGCUAUGCGCACGACAUCAUGGGCGACCUGAAUGCUGGAGGCGCGGGAUGGAUUGACUGGAAUCUACUGCUGAAUGAGGAUGGGGGCCCGAACCACGUGGGGAACGUCUGUGACGCGCCUCUGAUUGCGAGUCUGACCGAGCAGCAGAUCCAUUUGCAUCCGCAGUUCUUCUUCCUGGGUCACUUCGCAAAGUACAUAAGACCUGGAUCGAAACGUUUGCUCACCAGCGUGAGGAAUACUCCCCGCUAUAUGGGAGCGACGCGGAGGUAUGGCACCUGCUCGGCCCAGGAUGGGCUGCAGGCAGCCGCCUUCGUCCGGCCGGAUGGUCUCGUGGCCACUGUGGUGCUGAACGCUGCAGACCUGCCUGUCAGCUUCAAGCUUCAGAUGCCUGGAUGUGGUAUGAUGUAG